AGUUACAAUUUCCACUUUUUGGACCACUGUGUAGCCUGAUUGAAAGCCCAUCCUUUCCACCGUCUCCGUCUGAUUUCCCCGAGAAAGUCGCAGAAAUUGGAAAUUUUGGAAGACCUGAGAUUCUGAAAUCAGUCACCACUCCCACCUUCAACUACUAUUAAGCUUCAGGACUUUCCAUCUAUAUUUUUCUUCACUUUCUCAGGAACCAAACGUACAGUCUUUUCAGUUUUUUUGAAGCGUUGGCAUUGUUCAGAACAGCGAUGAAGAAACCUCAAAUAGGCCGAUGUGUUUGGGUUGCCGGCGCUCUUCUCGCCGUCUUCGUCGCUUUGGCACUGAAUUCGGAAAUGAGUACAGUGAUCUAUCCCUUCGGCCGCGUUAGCAAAUCUUGCAGUUGUUCUCAGGGCAUACAUAAAUAUAGCGGGAAAGUGGAGGACUGUUGUUGUGAUUAUGAGACUGUGGACCGUCUUAAUGAGGAAGUGUUGAAUCCAUUGCUUCAAGAACUCGUUAAAACUCCAUUUUUUAGAUAUUUCAAGGUUAAGUUAUGGUGUGACUGCCCUUUCUGGCCCGAUGAUGGUAUGUGCCGUUUGAGAGAUUGCAGUGUUUGUGAAUGCCCAGAAAACGAGUUUCCGGCAUUAUUUAAGAAGCCUUUCAGUCGUGGACUUUCAUCAGAUGAUCUUGUUUGCCAAGAGGGAAAGCCACAGGCUGCUGUUGACCAUACAAUAGAUACCAAAGCUUUCAGAGGCUGGAUAGAAAUUGACAACCCAUGGACAAAUGAUGACGAGACAGACAAUGCUGAGAUGACAUAUGUAAAUCUUCAACUGAACCCUGAACGUUAUACUGGUUAUACUGGUCCAUCUGCUAGAAGGAUAUGGGAUGCUAUUUACACAGAGAACUGUCCCAAAUAUCCAUCUGGAGAGUUUUGCCAGGAGAAAAUAAUAUUGUACAAAUUGAUAUCUGGUCUUCACUCCUCCAUUUCGAUUCACAUAGCUGCUGAUUAUCUGCUUGAUGAAGUAAAAAACCUGUGGGGUCAAAAUCUUACGUUGAUGUAUGACCGGGUCUUAAGACACCCAGAUCGUGUCGGAAACUUGUACUUCACUUUUCUCUUUGUUCUUCGAGCUGUGACAAAAGCUGCAGAUUACUUGGAGCAGGCUGAGUACGAAACUGGUAACCCUGUGGAGGACCUCAAAUCACAGUCCUUGAUGAGACAGCUACUUUACAAUCCCAAACUACAAGCUGCAUGCCCACUCCCAUUUGAUGAAGCUAAGUUAUGGAAAGGCCAAAGUGGACCUGAAUUAAAGCAACAAAUACAAAGGCAGUUCAAAAACAUUAGUGCAUUGAUGGACUGUGUGGGAUGUGAAAAGUGCCGUCUUUGGGGAAAGCUUCAGGUGCUUGGUCUUGGUACUGCAUUGAAAAUCCUUUUCUCUGUCGAUGGUCAGGAGAGCUUGGAUCAGAUUCUGCAGCUACAGCACAAUGAAGUGAUUGCCUUGAUGAACCUACUGAGUCGUCUUUCUGAAUCUAUUAAAUCUGUCCACGAUAUGGCUCCCCCAGUUGAAGCAAUCAUGGAAGGACAAAUUUCUGCAUCUACAUAUCAAAGUAGGCCAUGGCGAAGGAUAUGGGCAUCUUUAGUUGGACAUAGGUGACACAUAUUCUGGUAAUCUGUCAGCAUUGAUACUUGAUGUAGCUAAAGAGGGAGGUUCUCUUUAUUGAGAUGUACUUGCAGGGGAGGGUAACAAACUGUUCAGAUCUAUAUGCGCCGUGUAGGUGGGGUCUUAAAAGUAACAUCCCCAUGUAAAUAUUACAUUGUAUGUGUAGAUGUAAGAAGUUUUUUGAAAAACAAGGUGAUAAAUUUGUAUGUUACUGGACUUGAACUUUCCAGAACUAUAUUCAGAGCAUAAUAUAUAUAUAUAUAUAUAUAUAUAUAUAUAUGAUCUUGUUGUUUUA